AUGAAUUCAGGAGCCGAGUGCUCUACUGCUAGAAAUCCGCUGGCUCAGUUCACCAAACAUGCUGGUGAAGACAGGUCGUUACAGUAUGACCGGAUGAACCAGCGGCCUGGUGCUGCCGGUCCUAUGUCAAUGAGAUCCGAUGCUAGAGUCAUGUCUCAGGAAGAUAAGCAGAUGAUGGACCGGUUUUCGCAGCAGGGUCGGAUGGGUCCUGGUCCUGGUCCAGCUGGUCCUUUUGCUUAUGAUCAAAUGAGACAAGAAAUUAAUGGCAUUCAGAAUCCUCAGAAACCAGGUGCUCCAGGGUGGGUCGACGAUUUCAGAUCCACUUCUGCUUCUCCCAUUCCUCAACAACAACAACAUAGAGAAUCUCCUGCUACAGCAGGUGCUGCUCCUCAGGGUAAUCGUUGGGCUGGUGAGUUCCGUCAGUCGCCUGCUGGUCCUGCUGCUGCUGUUGCCGGUAAUGCUAAUGCCUCUCAUAUGGCUAUGGGUGGUGGUGCAAGAUUCUCGUCUAUGCCAUAUACUCCCAUGUUUUCCAGUAUGGGCCCACAAAUGGCUAAUCAGGCCAUGGUCAAUCAAACACAAAGUGCUCAAAUUGUCGAGCUGGAUCAUGAUAAAUGGGAAGAACAGUUUAAUCAGAUCGAACUCAACUCAAAAGACAAAGGUAAGGAGAAGCUCACUAAAGAACAGCAACAACAGAAUGAAGAGUCUACUAUGGAACCCGAACAGGAGGAUCCUUUAUUAUCGGAAUUGAAUGACGACCAUUUUGAAAACAUCUGGGACAGAAUCAAGUCUCAAGUUCUUGAUAAUGUCGAGGAUUGGUCGAAGAGUGCUGAAGAUGGACCUGCUUGGGACAGGGAUUUCGACGAGUAUACCACAUCACGUCCUGAUUUCGGUGAUUAUGAAUUUGAAGAGGGAAACCCCUAUGUUGCACAAGACGAUCCAUUUGCCAUGGGUGUAGAACUCAUGGAUAAUGGUGCUAAAUUAUCAGUUGCUGCUCUAUGUUUUGAAGCUGCUGUUAAAAAGAAUCCUGACCAUGUUGAAGCAUGGGCCAGAUUAGGUGCAUGUCAAGCCCAGAAUGAAAAAGAAGACCCUGCUAUUCGUGCUUUAGAACGAGCCAUCAAACUCGAUCCGUCGAAUUUGAACGCUCUUUUGAACCUAUCUGUGUCGUAUACCAAUGAAGGUUAUGAAAAUGCUGCCUAUGCCACUCUUGAACGAUGGUUAGCCACUAAAUAUCCCGAUAUCGCACAAAAGGCCCGUCAACAAGAACCCAAACUCGAGAAUGAAGACAGGUUCCAGCUUCACAGUCGAGUCACCGAACUGUUUAUCCGGGCUGCUCAAAUGUCGCCUGACGGAGCUAGUAUCGAUGCCGAUGUACAGGUCGGACUUGGAGUUCUUUUCUACGGCAACGAAGAGUAUGAAAAAGCUAUUGACUGUUUCAACACUGCCCUGUCAGUGCGACCCAACGACCCACUUCUGUGGAACCGACUGGGAGCCACAUUAGCCAACUCGAACCGAUCCGAAGAGGCCAUUGACGCAUACUACCGAGCCCUCGAACUACGACCAUCAUUUGUCCGUGCUCGAUACAACCUGGGAGUUUCAUGUAUCAACAUUGGCUGUUACAAAGAAGCAGCCCAGCACCUGCUAUCAGCGCUGUCCCUCCACAAAACCGACAGCGCCGACGACGACGUCCUGGCCAACCAAAGCACCAACCUCUACGAAACGCUCCGCCGCGUCUUCCUCGCCAUGGAACGCCGCGACCUCGUCGAAAAAGUCGAAAACGGCAUGGACGUCAACGAGUUCCGCUCCGAGUUCGACUUCUAA